GCGGGCGGACGCGUCCCCGGGCGAGCGGCGGGGCCGGGCCGGGCCGGCGGGGCCAUGAAGGACUGCGAGUACCGGCAGAUCCCGCCCGGGGCAGCGGCUCCGGCUGCGCUCGUUUCGCCUCCUCCGGCUCCCGGAGGUUCGGAGAGAUCCGGCGGCCCGGCCCGUCGUCCCCGGCGGAAGUGGGAAGUGUUCCCGGGCCGCAACCGCUUCUACUGCGGCGGGCGGCUGAUGCUGGCGCGGCACAGCGGCGUCUUCGCGCUCACCCUCGGCCUCAUCCUCAGCACCAGCGGCCUGUUCUUCGCCUUCGACUGCCCCUUCCUUGCCAGCCACCUGACCCUGGCCAUCCCCAUCAUUGCAGCCAUCCUCUUCUUCUUUGUCAUCAGCUGCCUGCUCCAGACAAGCUUCAGAGACCCUGGUAUCCUGCCCAGAGCCACCCCAAGCGAGGCUGCAGACCUGGAGAAGCGGAUUGACAGCAUGGGCACCUCCAGCUACCGCCCUCCAGCCCGUACCAUGGAGGUUGUCAUCAACCAGUACGUGGUGAAGCUCAAGUACUGUUACACCUGCAAAAUGUUCCGGCCGCCGCGCACGUCCCACUGCAGCGUCUGCGACAACUGCGUCGAGAGGUUUGAUCACCACUGCCCCUGGGUGGGCAACUGCGUGGGCAAGCGCAACUACCGCUACUUCUACGCCUUCAUCCUCUCCCUGUCCUUCCUCACAGCCUUCAUCUUCGCUUGUGUCGUCACACACCUCACCCUGCGCUCUCAGAGAGAUGGAUUCCUCAUCACUCUGAAGACAACACCUGCAAGUGUGCUGGAGCUGGUGAUUUGUUUUUUCUCAGUCUGGUCUAUUUUAGGCCUCUCAGGUUUUCACACUUACUUAGUCGCCUCCAACCUGACGACCAACGAAGAUAUCAAAGGGUCCUGGUCAAAUAAGAGGGGCUCAGAGUUUGCCAAUCCUUACAGCCAUAAAAGCAUCCUCACAAACUGCUGUGCUGUGCUGUGUGGACCAUUCCAUCCCAGUUUGAUAGACAGGAGAGGAUUCAUCCAGCCAGAUGUCGGGACCCCAUCCAGUCCCAAGAGUGAAAUCCCCUCCUUUGGAGCCAAGGCUGACACCAGCAUGGUAGGAGGCAUUCCCUAGCAGUGCUCUGAGCAGCCCAGGGCCUGCUGUACCUGCUCCUCCUCCAGCCAGCACCUCCCCUCCUGCCAUCCCUGGGCCUGGGGCAGGCCAGCCCUGUGCUGCAGAGCUCCCAAAGACUCGCUGAGCCGCCGUUGCCUUUGGUUUUAUAUCUCUAUGUAAUUUAUUUAUUGGUUGUUGAUUUGUUUCACUGUGAUGUGACCUGUCUGGGCUUUGGACUGGCAGAGCCCAACAGCAUGCAAGACCCUCAGGCUGGUGCAGGAAGCAGGGUCUCCCUGCUGCACAAGGGGAGCAAAGAGCUCUGGGGGGGUUCUCCUGAGCUCCACGAGCAGCCUUGCCCUGUGCUGAUGUGGGGAGGAGCAGGACAGGGAGCAUCUGUCUCUUGACAGCCACCUUCUCACCUCAAGUGCUGCCAGAGCAGUUUCUGCUGCCCAGCAGCUGCUGUGCCUUGGUAUUUUGGGGCUGUUCAGCUUUGGGGCUGUUCAGCUGCAAGGAUUCUGGCUCCCAGCAGAUGUAGAAGUUGAUCCUGUUUCUGGCUGGUCACUGUGGGGUUGCUUGAGGAACCCUCUGUGUUUUGGCCCUGACAGUAAGACAAAGCCUUGCAGCCAGGAGUUGGGAUGAUCCUCCCUCUGCCAGGGAAGGAGGAACAUGCAGCAUCCUGUGGCUCUUCUCCAGAGAUGCCAGAUUUGGGAGCCUGAGUGGGCCAGGAAAGCUGGGUUAUGCCCUGCUGUGGGAGACCAAAAGGCAACAGAGAGGUGUGUGAGUUCCUGGGGGCUGCAGCCUCCCUGGGCUCAUCUGGCUGAGGAAGCAGAGAGGGGCCAGGGCCCCGAUAACCCCUCGUGGGCACGCAGUGGGGGUCUGUCCCCAGCACCCAGAACCACCCUGAGCACUAUCCCUGUGCAGAGAGGAGCCCCACACCCCCUCAGCAAUACUUGAAUUGUGUUCUUACAAGCUGCUGGAUCUUUUUGCACAACUUGUAGGUAUUUUGCUCUAUGUAGGAGGUUCCCUGGUCAGUGCAGGGUGGCACCAGCCCCGCAGCCUUUGUUGCCAAGGGGCCUCGGUUGGGUUGCCAUGGGUCUGACACGUCCCAGCCUCGGGCAGAGGCAGCCCCAGGGGCCAGGCUGAGGUGCAUCCCCGCUGCCUGGCUGCUCAGGGAGCUCGGGGAGGGCACGGAGGCAGCUGAACUUCUGCCGGGUCCCAGCAGGUGGCCCUCGGUCCCCGCUCCGCAGCCGGGGAUGCAGCGUCCGGAGGGACCCCCGGCCCUUCCCCGCCGGCCCUGCCUUUGAGGGGCUGGGGAGGGGGCAAAUCAGGGGCCAAACUCCUUCCUGUUUUUAUUUAAACCGGUUUCCUUUGUUACUCGACAUAAUAAAGUUCUAUUUUUGAAGA